CGAUAUGUUGUAUUAGUCGGUUAAGGUUACGUACCAUAUUUCUAGUCAAAUUAAAAAAUAAUAAUAAGAAUAACACGCAGCAAUAUAUUCGGUAAUCGGAUCGGAAAUCCUUUUCCCAUCGAAGAAUUACUUAUAUAGGGGGUGGGCUUUUCGUGCUGAUUAUUUCCCUUUCUCUCUCUGCCAGUUUCCUUUUCAAGAAUUUCUUCAAGAAGAUAUUAUACUUGAGGAUUAAGAUUAUUUGUUAAAUAAACUUUCAGGGUUUGUAGAACGUAAAAAAUGCAGGGAGGCAGAGGUGGUAGAAAUCCUUUUUCUGAAUUUGGUGACCCUUUUGCUGGGUUUGGGGGCUUUGGUGGCUUUGGAGGUCGUGGAAGUUUAAUGUCUAACUUCUUUGGAGGAAGGGGGGAUCCAUUUGAUGAUCCUUUCUUUACUCGUCCAUUUGGAGGCAUGUUUGACUCUAGCUUCUUUGGUCCGAGUAUUGGUAUGAAUCCUUUUGCAGAAAUGCAUCCGUCUGGUUUUCUUGAGCAACAACCUCCGGAGCCUAAAAGAUCAAGGGGACCAAUCAUUGAGGAAUUGAACUCUGACGAUGAAAAUGAAGAUGAUAAGGAGAAGAGAGAAAAUCCUAAAAAGCAUGCUAGAACUAGCAAUGAACCCUAUAUUGAAGUCCCUGAUGAUGAAAUUGAAGGUGAAGUGUGUCUCCUUAAUUGGAUGAUAUCUAGUUUUUCUAUUCUUUUGUUGUUUUUUAAUGGGUUUCGUCUUACAAAGUAUCGGACGUCAAUUUUUCUUAUUGCAGGGAGGAAGAAUGAGCAAUUGCUGUACCGAAAUGAGUACAACCGCUCCAGUGACAUGCAGUCACAGCCUCAAACUCGUAGCUUCACCUUUCAGAGCUCCACUGUCUCUUAUGGGGGUGCUAAUGGAACUUAUUAUACUUCAUCCAAUACAAGGAGGACAGGAAGUGAUGGAUUGACAUUUGAAGAAAGCAAAGAAGCUGAUACUGCCACUAGACAAGCCUCUCACUGUGUAUCUAGGGGACUCCGUAAUAAGGGCCAUUCUGUUACUAGGAAGCUUAAUUCAGAUGGUAAGGUGGAUACAAGGCAAACACUGCACAAUCUUAAUGAAGAUGAGCUUGGUCAUUUUGAAGAAACUUGGAAGGGAAAUGCUCAAAAAUAUUUGCCUGGUUGGACUGGUAACCUUGGUGGUUAUGAAAAUGCUGGAGGAAGCAGCAGUGGAUAUAAUCCACAGGCUCAGGGAGGUUGGGCAUUACCUUCCACAGAACAAUCACAGCAUUCUGGAAGGGUGAUAGCAGACACUAGAGAUAGGGCUGGUUCUUCUCGCACACAGCAUCAGAGUAGGAUGAAGUCUGAUGUCAAUGGAAGGAGUGGCUAUUCUCGUGGGAGAGCUACAGAAUAGAAGGGAGAGAGCUCAUUUUUUGUGUCUCUGUAUUUCCCUUAUUUUAACUCCAUUACUAUUACGGGGCUUAAUAUUCUUCAGGUUUAGUAGUAUACAAUUACCGGUUAUUGAGCAUUAGACAUGGUGUGGUAAAUGUAAUACAAACUGGCUGGUAGCACUGUUGUACUUGCCAGUAGCUUAUGGUCCCUGAUUACUGUUCUGACAGAAGAAGGGAAUUUUAAUCUGAUCCGAAUAGUUUUCAUUCUAAAA